AACGACUCCACCGGAGCACUGCUGUUCUGGGCUUUCGAAGAAUUCGCGACAUAAUCCGUUUCCAUUAUGAAUAUCGUCCAAUUCUGGGAGCAAACAGCACAAUGAUGAGCGUUAACAGCGAUGACGAUACAAGUAGAUUCCAAGUCGGGGUAACACUGCUGGACGACUUUUUGCGACAGACAACGAGACUUGGUCGGCAUGAGAAGUAAUCAAUAACGUGAAAAUAACUCUUCAAAUACGCCAACUUUUCCUUCAAUUAUUUUCUCAAAUGAGUUCGGCUCGUGUAAUUAAAUUCAUUUCGUAUUGAGGCGUCGUUAGCCGCAUCCUGAGCACGAUGGGAGUAGCUGCGUGAAUCCGGUCUGCGAGAUUUCGACUGUGCCAGAGGACGAGAACGAUCAAAAUGAAUUGCGAAUUGAGUGAACUUGCAAGUACGAGCGAACCAGUUGCAGUGGCGCCAGUACCAGCAACAGCCACAACAACUCUGGACUUUGAAAUAACAUCAUCUCACAAAGACAAUGUAUCUCCAGUCGCCGGAGUUUUGAAAAAGAAGAACAAAUACCGUACUCGUUCGUACUCUACUUCAUCCACAGAUUCGUAUUGCUCAUGCACCGGAAGCAGUUCGGAAGAAAGCGAAACCUCGCCUCGCGAGAAAAUGCAACGCAACUCGAAAGGUUUUUCCGAUUUCUGUAUUCGAAGCCUUCGAAAACACGCCAUUGGCCGGCGUGAAAUCGAGAUCGCCGAACAAGAGAUGUCCGGUUUGAUGGUAUUGCGUCGCCGGGCAGCCGAAGACAAACCUUUGAAAGGAGCUCGAAUCUCCGGUUGUACUCAUAUCAAUGCUCAAACAGCCGUCCUGAUCGAAACGCUCGUGUAUUUGGGAGCUCAAGUACGUUGGUGCGCUUGCAAUAUAUUCUCCACUCAAGACGAAGUGGCUGCCGCUUUGGUCGAGGCCGGCUACGCUGUGUUCGCUUGGCGGGGCGAAUGCGAGGAGGAUUUUUGGUGGUGUAUCGAUCAGUGUAUUCAUAGCGAUACAUGGACGCCGAAUAUAUUGCUCGACGAUGGCGGCGACGCUACGUACUUGACGCUGAAAAAAUACCCCAAAUUGUUCAAAUCGCUCAAAGGGGUGGUCGAGGAAAGCAUUACAGGCGUACAUCGGCUCUACCAGUUAUCCAAAUCGGGUCGUCUUAUUAUUCCUGCCAUGAACGUGAACGAUUCUAUAGCCAAAUCAAAAUUCGAUAACUUAUACAGCAGCCGGGAAUCAAUUGUCGAAAGUCUGAAACGAUGCACCGAUAUAAUGCUGAGUGGCAGGCAAGUUGUGAUAUGCGGAUUCGGCGAGGUAGGCAAAGGAUGCUCGCAAUCGCUGCGAGCUCUCGGAUGUAUCGUCUACGUUACUGAAAUCGACCCAUUGUGCGCGCUACAAGCCUGCAUGGAGGGUUUCAAAGUGGUCAAGUUGACCGAAGUUGUGCACAAAGUCGACGUAGUGAUAACAGCCACCGGCAACAAGAACGUUAUCACUAGAUCGUUGAUGGAGAAGAUGAAAAAUGGCUGUAUUAUUUGUAACAUGGGUCACUCGAAUACGGAAAUCGACGUGAUGAGUAUACGUACCCCAGAUUUGGUGUGGGAACGAGUCCGGCACGAGGUCGAUCAAAUAAUAUGGCCCGAUGGUAAACGAAUAAUCUUGCUGGCUGAAGGUAGACUGGUUAAUUUAUGCUGUUGCAGUUUACCAUCGUUUGUCAUCUCUGUCUCCGCUGUCACCCAAGCUUUGGGUCUAAUUGAGCUUUACAGCGCUCCGGAAGGCCGUUAUAAAUCCGACGUCUACCUGAUGCCAAAGAAAAUGAACGAAUACGUGGCCACGCUUCAUUUGUCCGCCUUUGACGCUCAUCUUACCGAAUUGACCGACGAGCAAGCGAAAUACAUCGGACUCAACAAGGCCGGACCAUUUAAGCCUAAUUAUUACCGUUAUUGAAAUACCUACCGAGUGUGUAGUAGCUAACCUGAGGUUUUUGCAAAUUUUUAAACAGUAUUAAUAUGAUGUAGUGAGCUGUAUUCAAUACAGUGUGUAUUUUCAAUGGUG